CUCUGGUCAAGUAACGAGGUGAACUACUUUACUUCUUUUUCCUCACAAUCUUAUAAAAAGGCUCUACAAACAAUUUCAUUUUCAUCAUUCACCGGCUGAGCUCCAACAGCAUCAUGGAUCCACAUCACAUCAUCGGAACGUUUAUUUUAUUCGCCCUAUGCUGCACAUUCACCUUAUCGGAUGAUUCGCAAGAUCAAGCCCUAAAGGCUCUUGCUGGCCUUACAGCCGUUGGGAAUCGUCGUAGUUACGGUGGUGGCAAUGCUUACGGAGGCCAAUAUCAACCCAUUCCAAUUCAAUCUUACGGCUACCAGCAACCGCAAGUGAUUAUUCCUCAAAAGGGAACGAAAGCCAAAGGCUGGACGAAGCAUAUUUUCAAAUCAUCAAACAAAGCAGCCAGUUCGUCCUACCCGUCUUACGUCAUAGGACCUUACGGUGGUCCAUCAAACAUUGGCGGAUCAGCGUACGCAUCGCGAUUCGGUGACUACCCCAACGGCUAUAAUAAUGGUUAUUCCAGAUCUUACGGACCCUCUUAUGCUCCAGCUUAUGUUCCACCUUACAAUAAUGCCCCCUAUGUUCCUCCGUACCAACCUCCUUUUGCCGCUGGAGCAGGAGGUUUCAAUUUCUAUCCAGUACAACCUCCUUUAGUCGGCUCUUCUCUUUACGGAUCGCCGGCUUACGGUUCGUUUUACGGUCUUAAUUACAAUGGCAAUUUCGGAGCAGGUGGGUUUGGUGCUGGAUACCAAUCCUAUACACCGACGUUAGUUGGAGCAUUUGAUAAUUAUCGGGGACCGAUCUAUUACGGUGGAUUCCGGCCAACAUUGGGACCUUAUGGCGGCAAACCGUUUAGUGAUCUUUUGUCCGUAACGGAUUCGUAUGGUCGGCCACUGUUUCCUUACCCUUCGACUGCAAAUCUUUUUGCAAAGAAAUCCGAUUCCUAAUAAGUUUCUUGUUUUGCUCCUCAAUGUUCGUUGAAAUGUUUCCCAAGAGUUUCGAUCAUUUGUCAUCAUUCGUUUUAUCUAUUAAGAGAUAUGUAACUAUUAUAGAACAACCUUAAUUAAUCAUAAACAUGGAUUAUUUUCGAGUUUGUUUAUUAAAUUUUUAAGAUAAGUGUCCCCUUUAUUAGUUUAUAUGCGCAGCAGUUUUUAAAAUUGUUCAUUUUUCUACGAAAAUGUCAUUUGCGAGCCUUUUGAUUUUUGCAAUUUCAUUGUGCAAGGACAGUUUGGUGAACCAAAUAAAUCGAUAAAAAUGUCA